ACCCGUGCCAUCGUUGUCCCGUGGAGGGUACAGACGGGGCCCAAAGACCCGCCCGCGCUGCACAUGUCAGUGAGUGAGAUCCACCUCAGCUCCGAACUGGAACAACUUUAGGUCCCCCUUUGCUGAUUGCUCUCGAGGAGUGGAGCGGGCGAGAGCUCGAGCCCCUAACCGUCGGGGUCCCACAAAAUUCGUAUUGGAGAAAAUGACAGCAGCCUGAGGGGACAAGGAGCAAAGGUUCGGAAUUGAGUUGGUGCUCGAGGGUUUUAGAGACGCCAGGGUUUUAGCCCGUCAGCUCAGUGGAUUAUGAAUCUCGCUCGAUGAUGAUUGAUUCCCGUUCUCCGCGGAAUUCCGGCAUGGGGCCUGCAGCUGCUCUGGUGGGCGCCCUGGGCAAGGUCCCUGCUGCCGCUGUGCCGGGGCUCGUCGACGCCCUUCUUCUUACAACGCAGUGCUCCGCAUCGUCCUUGCUGUUGGACUUGCUCCGAUUUUUCCCGGACAUUUUCCGUCAGGUCAGUGCGGGUGAGCCAGCAUUCACACAUGAUAAGGAGGAGGGAGAGAUGAACCACACGUAUUUAACUGCAUUAUUUCAUCUCUUGAAAGACAAUGAAAGGGAAGCAGGGAACUUGGAGAAGGUUAUAUGGACCGUGUGCGUUCCUUUAUUUCGGAGUCGAAAUCCAAAAUUGAGAUCACUCCAGGUUGAGGUUGCAGAGAUGUUGGCACAGGCCGUCGGUGAACUGGCAUCUUGGGACGUAGUAAAAAAUUCUCUUGCUCUACUGUGCCUGCAGUCUCUGAACCCUAUCUUACAUAGAGAUGCGGAGUUUGCGCGAGACCAACCCCACAAAACAGCGGACUACCAAGCAUGGCAAACUUUAGAGAAGAAGUAUAAGUUAGUUUCCUUUGGGUCGACUCUAGAACAUAAGGAAGAAUUACUCUCCAUCUAUGUCGUCUGUGAGCUGUUGGGCACCCUUAUGGCAGCAGCGUUGGAAGCAUCCAGUAGAUUAGAUCUUACGACAAAGAACAUGGUUAAGGCUGAUGGAGAUCGCAUCUAUACGGCUCAAAACUUUUGCGAGGAUAUCGUAGCAAUCUUUCUAGAACCAGCUUUGGCAUUACUAGCGCAACCAUUGGAUGGUUCCAUGCGUCACUGUGCCGUGCAGAAUCUGUUACCAUCGCUUUUGACCUCUUCUGUCAGAUUUGGGUGGUUAAACGAUGUGUUUACAGAAGAGCGGUCUGUCGAGGCCAGGAAGUCUUCGCUGCAGGAAGUGUGGCGUUGUUGUCAGUCUCUUCUCUCUCAUGGACCUUCUCAACGUCAAGAUGUGUAUAUGGCCCUGGCCUCUUUUUCGGACCUACUUUUUCCUGCGGACUCGCUUUCAGUUACGAGUAAAUCUUUAAGAGAUGAAUCCAACGAUGACAAAGUCAAAGCUUUUGACAUCCGAGAUGAAGUGCAAUUUUGGGAAGAGUUGAAGACUGGCCUGGGAGACGAUGACUCCUUGACGAGAAAACGAGCCCUCUUUGUUUUGCGGAAGGCACUUACUGGCCUUCACUCUUCUCCUGUCAGUGCCACCAGUGAUUUCCAUGAGAUGCCCCGCGAAAUGAAUGGUUCUGGAAAAAGCAUGGGUCCAAACGACAAGAAGGUCAGCAAAAGGAAUAAGUGGGCAGAUAAGGAAGCUGGAUUUUUAGGAGUAGGAGUUGUCAAAGACAAGUUGACCGUGGUCGAUGGAUGGCGAGAGAGGUGGAAUGCCUUCAUACUGCUCCAUGAAACCUUGGAAGAGUAUGGUAUCCAUCUGGUUGAAGCAGCAUGGACUCAUCAGAUGUCUUUUUUGCUGCAGUUCACAAACUUGAAAGGUGAGUCCAAUGAUGCCAGCCCUUACUGGGCUGGGAACUGGACGCAGAAGAAAACUUGCGACAUAGAUGUGAACUUUAUGUGGAUUUCUGUUCUUUGGCAACGUGGGUUCGAUCACAAGAAUCCUCAAGUAAGGCGGCUGGUGAUGCAGUCUUUCCUCGAUAUCAAGUGGGAAAAAAUCCGAAAGCUUUCUCUAUUGUUACCUGAAAAUGUACUGUUGGGUCCAUAUUUGGAGGCACUGGAUGACCCAGUACAUCACCGAGAUUUUGGUAUGAAAGGUAACUACUCGUCUAUAACCGCUGAAGGAGCAGCCAAUGUCAUGAGAGCCUACAGUUCAUCAUUGACCCGGAGGAGACGUGCAAGGUUUGUCAUCAAAUUGGCGAAUGCUGUCCUUGAUAGGCAUCGAGGUCGUGCGGGUCUCAUGACUCACGCUAUAUGCUUGGAAGCAUCGGCACUGGGAUUUACGUCAGGGAUAGUUUCUUUACCAAAUGUCUCGAAGGAGCAAAUCUUGUCAGCCAGUGACGCGGGGAAUCUUCAGAGUGAUGAAGAUCCUGCGUGCUUGCUGGACCUUUUGAGAAAUAUGGCAGAGAUAAGCAAGCACCAUUUUAAUCCCAAUUAUCGAGCGAAAGUGUGCGGUCAUGUGUUGCGAGCGGCUUGUGCCCUGGUUGCUCUUCCAAAGGUUCCAUUCAGCAAAUUCGCCUACUUUUUAUCAUCCUUUCCUAAAGAGCACAUGAUUCUUGGUGGUUCUUUACAUCAUGUCUUAAUGUCCUGGAUUCAAGCUGCGGGGACGGAGAGUGCCACUGCCUCUGCCGCAGAGAUCAACUUGUGGAUUGUUGAAGGCCUCAAUGAAAUGGCCGAAACAUUUUUGAAACUACCAGGAAUUUUUUCCUCUGCUGCCACAGAUGAAGAUGUUGAGGCGUGGAGACUGGAAGCUGACAGAUGGACAAGACUGUUAUCUCUCAGUUUGUUGACGGGUAUCGACUGUCAGCAUGUUAUUACGAUGAUACACAAAAAAGCUUCUCAAAUCUACAGUCACGCUUACAUGUCGGCGUGUACGCCUGAGAGAGUAUUACUCCUUCUACGGAGCCUUCUAAAGGAGUUCACACCUUUACUAGAUGCUUGUGAAGAUUCUAUCAUCCAAUCAGACGCUGACAGUUGCACGAUGUCUCUGAGACCAGGAGACAAAAGAAUCUCAGACAUGGUCCUGGCUAUCAUGGAUGAGGUAAGAAGCUAUGCAAGAAGGUCGUCUGUAGCUUUCUGGGAGCAUGGACCCCGUGGGUUGAUCACAUUACCGGCUGCCGUUAGUGGGAAACUAGGUGGCCGAAGCCAACGCCGUCUCCCAUCCCAUCUCACUUCCGCAGUCCUGCAAGGGGUGCUCUCCAUCUCGGCUCUUGCCGACUGUUGUCUUUGGUGCUCCCGGGUGGGCCUUCUAAGUCACAUACCUGAAUCUGUGGUAACAUGUCUGUGGGAGUUCGCCUGGGAAGUAGUGACUACGCCGAGGAUCAUGGAUGAGGUUGCCGCCGAACUUCAACUUGCCGCUCUUGAAGCGUUCACAUGUGCAUGUAGCGCACUGGCGGAGACAGCCACUCAAUUCUUUACCACUGCAGCGCAUGCAUCAAUGAAGUUUGAGAGUAAAACUGGAGCGUUUUUACCAGACACGCCGGAUAAGAUGGCUGAUGGCUUACUCAAUGCCCUCGUGAAAAACGUAGAGGACUCAGCAUUUGUUGGUGCACUUGGUAGAAGUCGCCGAGCUAUUCUAUAUGGGUGCAAGUGGUCUUCCGUGGACACUCUCCUGUCGAUCACGAAACAGUCUCUUUCAGGUCAUCGACUGUUUCGCGGGGAGGAGAAAUUGUCAAGUGCCUUUUCCAGCUCGACCCUUGGAGGGCUUUUCAAGGACUGCAUUGAGAGCUUGGAGAGUGCAGGCGAGGAAUAUCUUCUGCCUCUUCUUCGAUCGAUAAGGUGGUUGAUGAAAUGGGAAGUGCUAACUAACAUGGAAGCAGACGAAGACGAGGAUAACAAGUAUCAGGCAAUGUGGGCUUUGGUACAAGCCGGAUGGUCCGCAAUGGUUGACUGUAACAAGAGAAGAGUUGCUCCAACAGCAGCCUUUCUUUCAGCAAUUUUUAAUCCAGUAAUCUUUUGUGAUCUGGGAAUGCAUGGUUCUCCAGAAGAUCAUGAAGAGUAUGGACCAUUGAAGUGGCUUUUGAAUCGUUUAAUAGACCAGGGAUCUCGGAGUCCCCGCACAAUGCGUUUAACUGCGCUGCACCUUACGGGCCUGUGGUUAUUGUUUCCGGAAACAACAACUUUCUACAUGCAAGAACUGAAAAAGUUCUCUCUUUACGGCGGAGAAGCUGUGGACGAGGAGCUAGAUGGAGAAAUUCUGGAGAGCCACACGGCAGCGCGAGAAUAUGCAACACUCAUCCAGAGUUCUGACCCGGAACUUACCGAGGAGUUUACGAAUUCUGAAAUGUUCGUACGAGUUACAGUUGCUGUUAUGGUUCACAAGCUUUCUCUUAUGGCCCAAAACUCGGGUCUGGAAUCGAUCGGGAUAAGACCUCUCGUCAGACAACAUGCCAGAACUUUUGGACAAAAGUACCUCUUCGAGCUUCUCACUGCAGCGGCGGACGACACUGAUUUGAAUAAAGAGCUGUACAAAAAGAAGAGCGCUAUUCACAGACGGAAAGUGAGAGUGUGGCAAAUGCUUUGCAUUCUCACUCCUUUCCUUUGCCGAGAAGAUUUAGCUCGAUUGACAACUCUGCUGAAAAAAUGUCUUCAUAGGAACAACAUGCCAUCUGUACGCCAGUACAUUGAGUCGUUUGCAGCUCAAUUAUUUCUACGAUUUCCUGAAUUGAUUGAGGAGCAUUUGAUUCUUGCUCUUCACGAUUACAACAUGAAAACCCAGGCACUCUCGUCCUACGUGUUGAUUGCAACAAAUGUUCUUAAGGGUACUCCUGUAUCACGUCAAAAGGAACUGAUGCGGCAAGUUCUUCCGGCUAUUUUACCCUUCAUGACCAGUCAUCACCACAAUCUUCGCAGUUUUACGCAGGUACUAAUUUUUCGCAUACUUCGUCAAUUCCUGACUAGCACUGUAUCCUCAAACUGCAACGACGACGAGCUUUGUUUGCGCUCCGUCGCCGCCUAUCUCGAGGGAAAUGUUGAUUGUACAAGAAUGAGAACGUUCGUAGAGAAGCACUUGGAUGCAUAUGAUCCUUUUUCAUCCACCACACCGAGAGGAAUAUUUUGCAGUAGAUUUGGAGAGGUGGAUACCACAAAGAGUGCAGAGGACCACCCAUUUGAGUGUGCACCAGUCGCUGUUUUGGAUCAAGUAGCCCUAUUUCUGAAUGAAGCAAGAGACGAGCUACGAGAGUCGAUGGCUGCAGACAAUGUGGCACUCACGAUUGAAGAGAAUAUCUCUCGCGAGAACGGAAGAGAAUAUGUCUCGGAAUCUGUUGAAGUCAGAUCUGGUGGAAAAGCUGGAGGUCAAUUCGAUGAUGGUGCAAGUACAACAACACGAGAUGCUUCUACCGAUGUUUUGAGUUUGGGAAAGUUAGAUAUUCAGAAAAAGAUAGCAUCGUUGAGAUUCAGCGAUUCUCAUACUGGGGAGACGAAUGUCAAAACCUCAACUGUGGCAGGAUAUGAUGCUGAAGCCGAGCUGCUUCUUGAAAGCAUAGAAUCAAGAGCGAAGGAGUUGAUUCGAAUGCGUGGUGGUCGACAGGAUUUGAUUGUCGUAGCUUCUCUAGUUGGAAGUGUGCCGAAUCUUGCCGGCCUCGCUCGUACAUGCGAAGUAUUCAAAGCAUCAUGCUUAGUUGUAGCAGAUGCCUCAAUCGCAGAAGACAGACAAUUUCAGCUUAUCAGCGUGACUGCGGAACAGUGGAUUCCAGUAGUCGAGGUUCCGGAAGCAGGAAUCAGCAAUUAUUUGAAGCGCAAAAGGAGAGAAGGCUAUUCCAUAUUGGGGUUGGAACAGACCGCCAACAGUGUCUCCAUCGACAAAUACCUUUUCCCUCAGAAAGUGGUUUUAGUCCUGGGACGAGAAUCAGACGGAAUACCGGUUGAUAUAAUUCAGGCGCUUGACACAUGUGUGGAGAUCCCACAGCUCGGAGUCAUCCGCUCUUUGAAUGUCCAUGUAAGUGGGGCAAUCGCUGUCUGGGAAUACACGAGACAGAGACUAAAUCGAAGUCUUGUAGAAUAGCACCAUCCGUCAUGACAUUCAGUUUCCGAAUAGUUCUCGCAGAUCGGCAGAUGCCCCAAUCGGAUGUAGCCUUGAGACCCGUAAGGAUCGUCCUUUUAAACGCUGCACAGGCCACUCAUUGGGGCAUUGCCGAGGGUGGGUGACUCUUCUGUAAGAUGUACCUAAUUUACUUUCUUCUGAUUAAAGUAUGUUUUUUCUUCCCAUAGCAAGGUCACAAUCUUUUGGAAUCUGUAGAA